AUAAAAUGACAUAAUAAGCAUCAAAACAGUCAACAAUUUUCAUCAUUUGUAUUGACAAAUUCAUCUCUGUUUUUUUGUAAUUUGUCAAAAUUCUUGUAUCAUUGCGUUCUCAUAUCACUUCUACAUAAAAAUUACGAAAAGAAUGGUUUAAAAAAUGAAUAAAUAUGCACGAAUAUCAUGGAGGUCCCUCUUACGAUCGUAAUGAACCAGAAACCGGCAUUCCAAAGGAAAGGUCUUUGUCCACAAGAGAAUCGAAAUUUGUUGGACUAUCAAUAGCGAUCAAGAAGACAUUAAAUUAUUCAAUUUUGAAUUGGAGAAAUAAUCGUACGUCAAAUCCAGAUGGAGAUGACAUCCAAGAAAGGUACCCAUUGCUUCUCCUAUUUCCGGAUCUUCGAAAAAACUCUGCUGAUAUGCUGGCCAUCAUAGAGGGAAACUUGGUGCCGGAAGAGAUUACAAGAAAACUGGUUGGGAAAAAAGCUGAUUUCACCCAUUUAAAGAAGUCCAGGCAGAGACAAGUCGAACGCAAAAACAAUGAAAACAUCCAAACAGAAGUAGCUAGACAUGCAGAGCCGGGCUCUAUAAUGACUAAGACUUCACUUAUGAAGAUCACUUACCGACAAUUUUGGAAGAACAGGUAUUUUUCAUAAGCGAACAUAAACGUCGAGGAAAUUUGAAACUAUGAACUAAAAAAACAUUAACAUUAUAUAAUAAAUUUAAUUUGACAAUAAAAAGUACAAGCACUCUAAUUUUUUUCAAUUACACCAACAUAAAUAUCUAUUUUCAUCAUACAUUUAUUUACAUUGCAUGUUUCAACUAUCAGAGAACCGUUAUGCGAUAAAUCCAUAUAAUAACCAAUGAAAAACAGCACAGGAAGAGCAAAGUAGUUGUCAGAUGAGGUAACAGACAUUUAUUACGGAAAUAAACAUAUGAACUGCAAUAUUGACAAAGGAAUUAUUGCAUCCCAAUAUAAGCAGUUUUACUAUUUCCAGGAUCUAAAUCAUUUUAAUAAAUAGUGUCUGUGUUGAAAGGAAAGAUGAUUCUACAGAAGGACUACAGUAAUUCACAUCAGGUACAUGAAUGAAUAUUAUUUGAGAUAUCAAAAAAUGAAUUUGUCAUUGAGUGCUACAUGAAGUUUUUUUGAUUUUUCAUCUUUAGUGAAGCAAUGACUUAUAGUUGUUCAAAUAUAUUAAUAUCUUCACACAAACAAAAGAUUUAGGAACUGUGCUAGGUAACGAGAACCUAAAGACUAGUUUACACAGUGAAAUUGUGACCAAAGGAAUUAGACAAAUACAUAGUUCAAAAUAUAAACAAAAUUAAAUCAUUGUCUGAAAUACAAUUCAGACAAAAUAAUUCCAUCAAGUUAUAGGGUCACCAAAGUAAUAGAUGCUCUAUUUUGUAAUAUACAGGAUGUUUCACCAUAAAUUGGACAAAUAUGUACAGUUGAGGAGAUGAGAUCAGGAGAAACAUUUUUGAUUUAUUUCUGUUUUCGAAGCAUAAGCGAGAUACAGGGUGCUUAACCGAUUUGGCAACCGCGAAAAAAUCAUGAUUUUGCAAGUCUUCCACCAUUUUUGGUAACCUAUUUCGAUUCAGUACCAAAAGGAAAUGUGUCUGGAUACAGUUAUUUCAAAUCUCAUACAUAAUCAAACAAAUAUUAUUGGAAAAUUACUCGAGAACUCUGUGUUUAGCUUAUGCUAAUAUAUAAUAGG